AUGAGCAAACACGUCCUCAUCCUCGGCGGCCACGGCAAGGUCUCCCAGUACCUCACCCCCAUCCUCCUCAAAAAGUCCUGGACCGUCACGAGCAUCAUCCGCGCCCAGGAACAAGUCCCCGCUAUUGAGAAGCUCGGCGCCGGCCAGUCCUCCGGCAAGCUCAACGUCCUGGUACGGAGCAUCGAAGACGUCACCGACCAGUCCAAGGCGCAAGCCAUUCUCGAUGAAGUGAAGCCCGACACAGUCUUCUGGAGCGCAGGCGCCGGCGGCAAGGGCGACCCUUCGAGAACCUUUGCAAUCGACCGCGACGCCGCAAUCCACUUCAUCAAAGCCGCCGUCGCCACCCCAUCCAUUAAGCAGUUCAUCCUCGUCUCCUACCUAAGCUCCCGCAAGACAAAACCGACCUGGUGGUCCGACAAGGCCUGGCAGGACGCCCUCGACGGCAACAAGAAACUCUACAACUACUCCCUCGCCAAGAUCGCCGCCGACGAGGUCCUCUGGCAAGAGUCCAAGAAGAGAACCGAUGGCUUUGCUGGCAUCAGCCUGCGGCCCGGCCUGCUGACAGAGGAACCCGCCGGCAAGGUCGAGUUUGGAAAGACAAAGGAGGCCAAGGGCACCUCGAGCCGGCAGACCGUCGCCGAGGUCGCCGCGCUCAUUGCGGAGAAUGACAGCUUCACAACGUCCUGGGUUGACUUGCUGGACGGUGAUGAGGAUCCCAAGACGGCGGUUGACAGAGUCGCAAAGGAAAAAGUGGACGUCGCCGUAGGCGAGGAAUUUUAUCAAGCUUGA